CACACACACACACACACACACAUCUGACAUUGGAUCAUAAUUGAUUUCUGUGUUUAAAUCUCACUGUUCUAUUGAGUUCAUAUACUUUUUGUACUGAAUUCUCUGUAUAUUUGAUGUAUGUAGAUUUUUGUUGGAUUAAUAUUUUUAAUUGAAAAGUGGAAUCAAUUAGUUUUUUCGUAAUCGAUUCGCUGUCGGAAUUUCAUUACCAGUAAUAAUAAUCCUCUGCAGCUAUAUGUCGUCGUUGAAGAUCCCUCUAUAUGUGUUCGUUUUGUUGUCUACUUUCAUUUCGAGCCCGAGUUCCACCGUAGCCGAUAAAAGAAGCGAUCGGAGAAUCGUUGCCCGCCGAGGAAUCGUGGCCACAGAUCACGGCCAAUGCUCCACUAUCGGGAGAGACGUGCUUAGAGAAGGCGGCCAUGCCGUCGAUGCAGCGGUGGCUGCCGCCCUCUGCCUAGGUGUUGUCAGCCCUGCCUCUAGCGGCAUUGGUGGUGGUGCGUUUAUGCUCGUCCGAUCGGCUGAUGGGAAAACGGAAGUUUAUGAUAUGAGAGAAACUGCUCCAAAACUCGCUUCCAAGAACAUGUACAAAGGAAAUGCCGAUUCAAAAGCAAGUGGGCCCCUCUCCAUAGCAGUUCCGGGCGAACUCGCAGGCCUUCAACAUGCAUGGAAAAAACACGGAAAAAUCCCUUGGAAACGCCUCGUAAAACCAGCCGCCAAAAUCGCCCAAAACGGAUUCAAGAUUUCCCCGUUUCUCCAUAUGCAGAUGACGAAAACCGAAUCGGGAAUUAUGGCAGACAAGGGACUCUCCGACAUAUUCACAUUAAACGGUACUUUAUUGCAAUCGGGCGAUAUAUGCUACAACAAGCAACUUGCUAAAACGUUGAGGGAAAUAUCGAGGCACGGAGCAAAGGCGUUGUACGGUGGAAAAAUCGGAGCUAGUUUAGUUAAGGAUGUCGAAAAUAAUGGAGGAAUAUUAAUAAUGGAAGAUUUGAAGGAGUACAAAGUGAAAUUUAGAGAACCGGUUUCGGUAAAUGUUAUGGGAGUCGAAAUACUUAGCAUGCCUCCCCCUUCUUCCGGUGGUGCUGCGUUGUCGCUAAUAUUGAAUAUUCUGGCUGAUUAUCGAGGCUUGUCUAACAUUCUCGAUUCGCUUAUGAUCCAUCGAGAGAUUGAAGCUUUAAAAAACGCAUUUGCUAUGAGGAUGAAUCUUGCCGAUCCGGAAUUCGUUGAUGUCAAGGAUGUUUUGAAAGACAUGUUGUCCAAAGAAUUUGCUAACGAGCUUAGGAAAACGAUUCGCGACAAUACGACCUUUAAUUCCAGUCAUUAUGGCGGGAGGUGGAACCAAAUCCACGAUCACGGAACGAGCCACGUCUCGAUUGUGGACGGUCAACGCAACGCCGUCUCGAUGACCUCCACAAUCAAUGGAUAUUUCGGCUCCAAGUUUCUCUCUCCUACCACGGGAAUAAUUCUCAACAACGAAAUGGACGAUUUCUCAAUGCCCGCAAAUAAAUCAGAAAACGUUCCACCUCCUGCACCGGCCAAUUUCAUCGUCCCCGGAAAAAGACCGUUGUCAUCUAUGACGCCCACAAUUGUCGUAAAGGAUGGACAACUAAAAGCCGUCGUAGGGGCAAGUGGAGGAUCCCUAAUAAUCGCAGGCACAACGGAAGUUCUACUGAAUUAUUUAGCAAGAGGAAUGGAUCCACUCUCUUCCGUUUUAGCUCCAAGAUCUUACCAUCAGCUGAUUCCGAACGUGUUGCGAUACGAAAACUGGACUGUACCGACGGGCGAUCACUUUGAGGUUCGACGAGAAAUAAGGGAUGCCCUAAAAAAGAAGGGGCAUGUUCUUGAAAGCAUAAGUGGUGGAACAAUAUGCCAAUUUGUUGUUCAAGAAUUGAAUGGGCAUCUUAUUGGUGUAAGUGACCCUAGAAAGGGUGGAUUUCCAGCUGGUUAUUGAUGUUAAUAAUUAUUCUGGAUUUUCGAUUUAAUCAAUUAUCGGUUGGAUUUCGGAAUUAAAGUCGGAUCGAAAAUUUUCAAGACUUUUUUUAUAUGUAAUUCCAAUCCCAACCAAAAAAUAUCGAAAAAUGCCGCUUCAUUAGACCCCAAGUGUUUUGAAAGAAUCGAUGGCCCCAAAUUCAUAAUAAAUAACAAAAAUAGAGAUGUUAUGUGAAAUGCGAUAACACUUAAACAUGCAGCCGAAUAAAUAAAAACAAACAUGAAGUUUUAUUUAA